CGGACAAUUAUCAUCGGGGCAAGUUUUUGUUGCAUAACACAAUUGUGAUGGGCGUGUGGCAGACCGCAGCUAAGGUGGCGCUGUGGCUGCCCGUGGGCGUGUCAGUGAACGCGCUGGGCGUGAGCCUUGCGAGCGUAAAGGGCCGCUCCAUGCAGCCAGCGCUUAACGACGGGCUAACCCAGGACGAUGUGCGUGACCGUGUGCUGCUGGACAAAUUCUCGGUGCAAUUUCGGCAUCGUUAUCGCCGUGGAGACGUGGUGGUGCUUGAAUCGCCCGAGGCGGCAGGCGAGUAUCUGAUUAAGAGACUCGUGGCCCUGGAAGGGGAUACGGUGACGGACAGCAACGGCGAUUACUGUACGGUGCCCGUGGGCAGGUGCUGGGUGGAGGGCGACAACCCCACCUUCAGUGACGAUAGCAACUCGUUCGGCUUCGUCCCGCUCGCGCUCAUCGACUCGCGCGUCAUGGCCGUGGUGUGGCCGCCAAGCGAGAUGAAGAUAGUCCAGCCCAAGCUGUCAAACCGUGUCAACCAAGAGGAUCGAGAAAAUCAGUGAUGGAGAAGAGAAGUUGUUUUAGAGUAGCUUUGGGUUAAUGCAGUGGAUUGACACCGCUGCAAAGCUUGCGUUCCGUUUGAAUUGAUGUUCUCCAAAGUGCGGCAUAGGUACAGGUGAGUGACCAUAGAGUUCAGAUGUAUAACCGCAC